AUGGCCUCGCUCGCCCUCGCCCGGCCAUCGACCUCCACCCCUCUGCGCGCGGCGCUGUCGUCCGUCGCGCGCGUCUUCUUCGCCGCUCCCUCCCCCGCCGCCUCGUCGUCCACCACUUCCACAUCUGCCGCCCCGCUCCUCUCCGCCCUCUCCCUCCCGGCCCUCCCCUCCCUCCCGACUCUGGCCGGCCUGGCGGGCCUCCUGGAGCUCCUGCCUCCUAUCCUGUGGGCUGUGCCCAAGCACAAGACCACGCACUCGCGCAAGAGCAUGCGUUCGGCGAACAAGGGUAUCAAGAACAAGACGAUGAUAUGUCCUAGGCAACCUGGCUACAAGAGUCGUGUGGAGAGGUCUGUCGAGCGGCUGGUGCGGGCUGAAAGAACUGCUGUCUGCAUUGAGGACAAACAGUUACGAUCUUUCCUCUGUCAACCGUCUAGUGCCGAGGGCUUCACUUGGCUUGGCGCAUGUCUCUGUCGUCCUGUGACGCUGUCAUGUUUGCUAUGUGCAGGGUGUCGUCCCGCAACUCAGCUUCAGCCUGCCCUUGACUCCACUCGCCCUCCUCCUCUAGACAGUUUACCUCUCCACUUGCCUGCUGUGAUACUCGGCCAGACAGACGCUAACACCCUUCUCCAGACUUCAACCACUGCAACGGCUGCGGCACCCUCAAGCUCACCCACAACCUCUGCCCCACCUGCUACUCGCAGAUCUCGCGCCGCUGGAAGGAGGAGGCCCGCAGCCCAUCCGCAGAGCAGAAGUAGAGCGACCCCCACCCUCCUCAGGUUGGGAGAGGUCGGAGUUGGGAACGGAGCCGAGCCCCGCCGGAAGAGUGUUCAUGGCCUGACGAGGGUCCUAGCUUGGAGCGACAGCUUCCUCAUAUGCGCACUAAACUGGGAUAUACUUGGAGACGUGCAAGCCUCGAAUGUAGACGACAAUGGCUUCACUGAGGACACGGUCGUGUCCGUCGUCGUCUCUGCCGGCCGGUCACAGCCGCGACCACUCGUCUGGGGCUCGCCUCCAAAGAACCUCGACCUACUUCACCUCCGGCCUUCAACCCCUCCCCCUCUCUCUCUCUCUGUGUCCUCUGUACCAGGACAUGCCGCUGACACGCCCGCACUGCGCAAUACCCGCUUCCACGCUGUCUACGCCUCGGGCACUCAAAAUCACACCACUGUCGUCGUCAACACCAACUACCCUAUGGCUCAUCGACGGAUGGGGCUCGUCGACUAUUCGUCCGAUUCAGACAGCAGCGGGAGCAGUAGCGGCAAAGCACCCGAUGUCAAGCGGCGUAAAGUGACGCCUGCUGGGCCAAGCUCGCGUCCAGUCGGGCCCGCAGCGUCCACACCACCGACAAGGCAGCGAGUUGGGACAACUACCACGGUCGCUUCAAACAAGGCAAAGGGAAAAGCAAAGGCCCUCCCGCGUCUGCCGGACUCGUUUGGCGGUGUGAACCCCCGCGACGACCCGCGAGCCCAUCAAGGACGCGUCCGCGCGCGUCCGUUCGUCGACGGUGACUAUUACGUGCACGUCUACAUUGACCUGGUCGUAUCGACAGCGCUGCGUCGUGAACUUGCCCGCGUCCUGGACGCAGCUCGACAACGCGUGCCGGGCAUCGACGUCCACUCCUUUCUCGACCCAUCGCCAUCUCCGACCCCGACACCAGGUGCAUCGGCCUCGCCAUCUCCCGCAUCAACACCAGCACCAGCACCAGCCCCAGCGCCAACCCCCACACCGCGGACACUUCACGUCUCCCUCUCCCACCCGCUCCCGUUACGCCGUGACGCCGCGUCCGCGCUCGCGGCCACCGUCGCAGCCACGCUGCGGGCCACGCCGCACCCGCGCGCGUUCAAGCUCUCGCUCUCCUCCCUGGCGAUAUACCACAACGACUCGCGCCCGCGGCGCGCCUUCCUCGCCCUGCGCGUGGGUGCGGGCGCGCCCGAGCUGGCAACGCUGCUGGACAAGGUCGUCGAGCCGGCACUGCGGCAGCGCGGGGGCGCGUACCACCCCGACGCCGAGUUCCAUGCCAGUUUCGGCUGGUGUCUAGACGGCCACGAGGAGGAGGAGGAGCAGGAUGCGGCAUCGCCGUUCCCGGCCGACAUGCUGCGCCAGCUCGAGGACGAGUACGGGCCGGCGCUGUUGGCCGCCCAGCCCCGUGGCGGGUGGGAUGUCGCGGACGUGUGCGUAAAGGUCGCCAAGACUGUCACCCGCCUGCCUCUGUAG